UUUGUGGGCUCCGCUAAACCGGUAGUAUUGAUGGUAACACCGUCACUUGUAGUUCUCAUAGUCGGUUGUGCGCGUGCAUUUAAAUAUGAACGAAGACACGUGGUUGUUGUAGUUGGCCUUUUCUUUUAAUUAUGUGAUUUUAUCGUUUGUUAUUAACUGUGACCUUGAUAUAUAAAUAACAAUGUGGAACUUAAUAAUAUUUUUAAUGCUCAUUCUGGCAACUUUCUCAAAUGCAAUUACUGCAUUGAAAAAUGUUACUGUGGCUAAGUGUUGUGCCUUUGACCAAUACAUUUCGAAAAAUGACGGCUAUACUUGCGUGUCCGGCAAGAUUGACGAGUGGGCACCCAAAAUUUACUCCCCAAAGAAGAAAAGCUACCUUCCGAUACCUCGGAACACCGUACCGACGAACUGGCAUUUAAAACCCUCUCAAUUUCCUAAUUGCCGCGGUGUAAACGCGACGAAAAUCGAAAAUUUCAUUGGUUUCCAAAACGGCUCCUUAUGGUUAGUGGAGUUUCACGGUAAAUUAGCGGAUCCACUUUCGUACUGCAUCGACUACAAUAUCGCGUUUGUUUGUUUAAAUGAAAAAAUCGUGCCCGUGAGGAAAUGUUGCGGAUCCAAUGCAGCCUAUAACGACAUUGAAAACCGAUGUGUAGCGCUUAAUGGAACUGACAGGACAAUUAGUGUCGGCUCAAACAUGACAAUCAUCGAGGGCUUCCCAGUGUGCAAAGACCAUAAGGAAAACGCCGGAAAGUUUGACAAAGCUUACUUGCAAGAAAACGGUAGCUUGUUUGUAAACGAACACAACAUUUUACUGCCUCCAGGUGAAUUCUGUUUGGAACACGUUUUAGAGAAUGGCUCCGAGGAUGCAGGACAGCCGAGCGUAAUUACCUGCAACCAUUACAUGCCACCAACCGUCACGACCGUACCGGCAACCAAACAAUCGGACUUGCGUUUCACGUUGUACCCCAUCGGUUUAGCACUGAGCGCCAUCUUUCUGGCGGCCACCCUUGCCGCAGGAUCUCUGCUUCCGGCAAGCCACCACGUUCUGCAUUGGAGAUGCCAAACGAAUCACAUCGUAUGUUUACUUAUCGGUUACAUACUUUUGUGCAUCAUCCAAAUCGCCGGAAGGACCAUGUCGCCGAUGCCAUGUUUUUUGAUGGUUUGGAGAAAAGUCAGGAGCGCUGCCGAUUGCGUAUUUACGAAGCGUACGCAUGGGGUGGUCCUUUAAUAAUCGCCGGAACAGCAGCCGCCUUAGAUAGCGUACCGAAUAAUUCCGAUUACGAUUUUUUGAGGCCAAGGUUCGGAACGAGUAAUUGCUGGUUCCACGGUAACCUGGAAAUCCUCACGUACUUCUUCGGACCAAUAGGAACCCUCCUAGUAAUUAACUUGGCACUUUUUCUGAUGACUGCCAGAGAACUGACAUGUGGAUUAUGGAAACGAGAGCUUGUUAAGUCGACAACUGAAAGGGCUGCCUUGGGGAGAGUUUGCAUGAAGCUUGUUGUUGUAAUGGGAGUGACGUGGAUUGCUGACGUUAUAUCUUGGGCCGUCGGUGGGCCGCAAGAAGUAUGGUAUUUAACAGAUUUCAUUAACUGCCUGCAGGGUGUCUUAAUAUUCAUCGUUGUCGGAUGUCAACCACAGGUUUUAACGGCAGUUAAAAGGUGGUGGUGCUGGAGAAAAAGACUGGCGACUGGCACCGCCGGAACCACCAAUCAUCACUCUUCAAGUUCACAAGGCUUGCCUUCUAUGGGCGAUACGAUUACCAACAACAGUGUAACACAUAAUACAAAAUCUGUUCCCAUGGAGACAAGUUGUUAAAACUGUUUGUGCAGGGUUUCGUCGACAAUAACUAGAUUAGGUACAUAAAUUUGUAAUGAGUACAAAAUUUGCCUUUUAGUUGCUAGUCAGUUUCGGAUAAAUUUAAAUAACUAUAAAGCCUACGACUAAUCUCCCGUUUGAGACUGAAUAUAAGUAAUGUUAGUUAAAUUUGUUUCGUUUUCAUGUAAGUUUAAUAUCGGUAGUUGUAGUUCCUUAUGUAGAUUUUAUGUAGGCUACCAUUCGUGCGCAAAUCACUUUGGUACUUACCUGCCGUUUUAGUUACAGCCAAGAUUAGCUUUUUUUAUGUAUAGUUGACAGUAUUAACUACUUUGAUUUCAGACAAUGCUUGGCUUUUAGUUUUAACUUUUAUAUAUCCAGUAUUACAUGUUGAUUAUUUUGAUGUAUAAAGUGUAUAAAUAUUUACCAGUAUUUAAGGAAUUAAACAUUUCAAAGCG